UGCUUCAGUGAUGUGUAUGGGAGCAAUGGCGGGUGCCUAUAUUCUUACACUAUUUUCGAUAAAAUAUAGUGAAAGAGUAAGUGGUUUGAUACUUGUUUACCCUCUAUGCAGAGAGUAGCUUCUUGGAAUGAAUGGUUUUACAAUAAGUUCAUGUCGAAAUUGCUUCAAUAUUGCGUUAUGUGUGACAUGUUAAAGGAGUUAUUGAUUCACAGAUACUUCAGUAAGGCGGUCUGUGGUAGUCUAGAAGUCCCAGAAUCAGAAAUCGUUCGAGCAUACAGGAAGAUUGAAAAGUUGAAAUUGGUUAUCAAGGAGUUCUUUAAGGAAAAGGAUGAAGAAAAAGAAAGAUUAAAUGGAAUUAUUGUUGGGUUGUUGUAAAAGCAAAAGAUAAGGUGGAUAUGGAUACCAUGCUCAAUAGGAUGUCAUAAGUUGAAGCGAUCACAGUUCGAAAAUAUGCUAUAAACACUUGGUUUUGAGUGUUUUGAUGUUUAUUGUAUUAGGAUGGUUUUGAACAGAGAUGUUCUAUAUACAUUUUUGGGUUUGUAGUUUUAUUGAGUGUUUUAUAUAAUUGUAAUUUUAUCGAAA